GAUCAGCUGACAACUAAUGACAACUUCCCUGUCUAAUUUGGAACACAUCGCUCUGCUGUGUUGGCUAGUUAAAAGUUGGUGUAGAACAGAUGUGUAUAAAGGUUUUAACAAAAACAUGAAGCGAAAGUCGAUGCCAAGUUAGCCCGUGCAUUGACAUAUCGUUAUAAAGCGCCUGAGUGUGUGCUGUUUUAUAUCAUCGAUUUACCUAUCAUCGGCGAGCUGGACCUUGUGCCUAAAUCCCCAAACAUGUUGCCGCGUAGAUGCAUUCUUAUACUCUUAAUGAUUUCCGGCGUAGAACCAAACCCAGGUCCCGGGAGUUCAAGUUCCGAAGGAGGAGAAGAUAAGCCAGAGCACGUCGCGUGUGGACACGACUAAUGCUGCAACGCGGGAGACGGUACCAUUUUGGCGUAUCCGAUAAUAUAAUGGAAAGUCCUGGAAACUUCAAGAAAUGUGUUAGGAUUCAAAAUGAAAUAUAUGAUUAAAUGUGUAUCAAGGGUAAGACAUCACCUCUUGAAUCAAGGCAUCUGAUAUUGGUAGCCGUUGGGUACAGAUUUCAAAUUGGUGUCUGGUACCAAGUACUCAGGCAUGCACUAUGAAUGGCUUGUUGCUGAGAACAUCCAACCUGAAAUAGUCAGAUAGGUAAUACACGCAGAGGCUACAAAGCGCAAUAUAAACAGUUCAGGACAUUUCACUCUCGUGUAGAUACCUUUACCAACUGGCCUUCACACCUAAAGCAGAGGCCGACAGAAAUGGCAGUGGCAGGAUGGUAUUACACGGGCGAUGGGGAUGAGUGUAUAUGUUUCGCCUGUGGCGGUGGCUUGGCGAAUUGGCAACAAGAAGACGAUCCCUGGAUAGAGCACUGUAAAUUUAAGGAGUGCCCAUAUUUAUGGGAGGCCAAAGGCGAUGACUUUAUCAAUCGACACCAAGAGAUACCAGAUUUUGCUGCUACACAAACGGAGUCGAACCAGGUUGCCAACGAUUAUAUACCUGUUGAAUUUCCUGAACUAAAUCAUUGCAAACACGCACACAGCGACACACAAGCGGAUCAAAACUCGAAUGUUGGCAACAUUACAACUGCUGCGAUUGAACAAGAAGUCACCAUAGGACCUGGUCAGGGAGAAAAUGAUGCACUUCAUCAUUCGACUGCUACGCACCAGCAUGACUUCGGUUAUGACGAUGUUGGUAUGACCGACCAAAAUUACCACGUCGCUGUAGAACAACCUUACUUGGUUUUGCCUGAAUUUGUCGAACAAGGCAACAGAGAUCAAAAUAGAAAUGGGAAUUAUGUUGAUGUAGCACUGAGCCUUACUGAGCAGAACGACAUCGAUGAUCCUAACUUGGAUUUCGCCCAGCUUAUCGAACCAGAGAGAAAUCUGUAUGGAAACUUACAAAGACGUUUUACGUGUCGUAUAUGUCACAUUAACAGAGUGAACGCACUGUUCCUACUAUGUAGGCAUCUUAUGUUCUGCAUGGAGUGCACAUUAUACGUUGAUGAGUGUCCAUUCUGCGACACACCAAUUUUCGAAAGGAUUCGCACGUUUAUGACAGGUUGAAUCAACACAAAGAAAGUAUACAUCGUUGAAGAACUCUAUUAAAUUAGGUGUCUUUUGGGCCAGACAUGGAGAUGAAGACAUUGUUUUCACCCGGCACACAGCACACGUUCUUCUUGGAUUGCACACAACCCUACGAUAGGUAUCAACACUGCAGCAAAACGAUGAAAGAAAUGAUUUGCACAUAUGUGGAAUGAACAAUCAACGUAUAUCUUUUUAUGUAUAAGCAGAUUAUGUGCACCACGUGGUAUGAUAUAUGAUUUUGACUAAAUAAACUCUAGAUAGCUGGAGAAUCUGCUAAUGCCACAAUUUUUCUUCUGUAAAGUGUCUAAGUAACAGUUACCAACAAAAUAUAGUGCACCAGAGCUAUUUCCGCUAUAGUUAUCGGCGCAAACAAUGUGUUAAGUGAACGGGGAAAGAUUUAGAACACGUCCGUUGAAUAGUUGAACAUUGGUCUUGUUGUACCCGGUGAAGUUUGUGUGAAACACUAAUUACAUAUCAUCUUCGUGUUUAUCUCACUACCCUCAAACUUUCAUGCAAUUUUCUUUUACUGAUUAGCGGUGAUGCGUAUCCACCAAAAAUGUGCGCUUUCACAUAUUUUUAUCAUAUUUAAAUUAACAUACACGAUAAGCCAAUUAUCGCAUGGGGACAUCACCAGAAAAGCGUUUCACAUGUUUUGAACUAAAGCGCACAUGAGCUUUGUAUAUUGGAAAAAAAAGGAGCACGUGUAAAUCUUUUUGAUUUUGGAUGAACAUAAAUUAAUAUUUAAACAAGAACUGGGGACUGGUUUAAACUUCGUUGGUUUAUCCUGUAUAAAUACAUCUGGGAUCCGUCUAUACACAACCUCCAAUCUUUAGUUUAAACAUAUUUUAUUUUACGAACAAACAUGGUAUACAUUUGCAUAGAAUAUACAGUUACAAAUAAGUCACGUUGUUCAAAAAAAGGAUUAGAACGAAAGAUCGAGAUCUUAUAAAGUUCUCCUCCAAUCUCCAAUCAACUCCAAUCAAUCAACCUCCAAUCUUUAAACAUGUAGUCAAUAAAAUGCCUGUUGAGAUUAAUGAGUUAUGCUUAUCGUCUUCCUUUAUAUAAUUACAUCGAAGAGCUGAUGAUAAUUGCAUAUAGUUAUUUAUUGGUAACUGACGUAUCUAUCAUUGCAAAUACCAUUAUGAUAAAAAACAAGUCGCUUCGUAAGAACGACUACAACGGGUAUGCAAUAUGUGUUGUGUAAUAUCCUUAAUGCUGCAGUAAGAUAUGCAUUUAAAACAAUACGUAUAGAACAUAAAUUGGCUAUGGCUUCACAACGGAUAAUGUAACUGAAUUGGACAUGGAUGUAUUAACAACACACCUACAGAUAUCUUUAACAGAUCAUGAACGUCAAUUCCUCAAUAUAUGUGACUAAUUGUAUUUAUCUUGAGUAUGAAGAUGUAUGUACACGUACUGUAUUAAAUUGUGUAUAACAUUUUAAUGUGUUUUUUUAACAAGAAUUGUGAUAUAUUUCUGUUGAGUGUCUGUAUUGUAUUUUCAUUGAUUUAAAUGCGUUUUCUUGGUGGUUUGAUAAGACAUUUCGUUUGUACAAUAAUAUGUUUUACGGUAUUCUAUCAUUUUUUUUUAAAUAUUAAUUUAAACUUCGUUGUACUCUGUAUGAUACUGGUUGUAUUGUUUUGUAUUUAACUUAAUAUAAAUAAAUAAAUACAAUACAAAUACAAUAUAUAAUAGGGUUGAUCAGCAUUUCAUGUUAAAAGUUUGAGAUUUUACACAUAAGAUUAUAUUACAUUAUAAAUGGUUUUAUCUUUUCAAAAUAUGAAUUGCUGUAACGUUUGUGUUGUGUAUAUGACUGUGGUUGUUGAUAACGAGUUAACGAAUUAUAAGAGCAAGAACACGUGCUUCUGACAUAAUGAGAUGCAUAUAAUUAAACAUAUUUUUUUAGAAUGUAUUUUGGCAAAAUGAUUUUAUAUUUCAACUUAAAAUGUAAUUUGAUGUUUCUAUUACAAUUAUCCUCGCAAUUAUAUAUUAAAUAAGUUAAUAUAAAGUCAUAUAAAUAAUUGCCAAGAAGCCGACAUAAAUGAGAUUAUCACAUUGAAUUUAUUAAAUUGUACAUUAUGUUUUUUUUUAAAUAUUAUUUACUCUAUAUAUAUUGAUAUAUUUUAUACUUUACUGUUUUUGUAAAUAUUAAUGUACUACUGAUGAUAUUUUUUUUAAAUGACUAGUUUAACAGGUCAUUUUUAUGUUUUCUUUUUUGGUAUUUGCAUGUUUAAUUACUUUUAAAAAGAACGAUUGUGUGGAAUUAAAAUGGAGUCUUAGUAAUGUCCAUAACAUUAUUAUGGCGAAUACUUGUAUUCACUUUAAUAUUAUUCAAUGACAAUCGUAUUGGUUAAAUGAUGAUGCAAUUCAUAACAUAAAAAGUGUUGAAACUUUUGUCAUUGCCAGCAAUCUAAACAAUACCUAUGCAUACCAUGUUAAGAUCUAUAAAGUUUAAACAGCCUGUAUUUUUUUCGGAACUGUGAUGUUGCCAACCCUA